AUGGCCGACGCAGGCUUCACCUACGUGCCGCUGCGCUCCGCACGCCGCAAGCGCAGGCCCGGCGCCGCCGCCGCCGCCGCUGCUGCUGCCGCUGCUGAGCCCGCCGACGCCGCGGCGGCAGCGGCGGCGCAGCUGGCGCGCCGCCGCGCCAUCGUGCUCGGCAAGCGCCGCCUGCUGGACGAGGCGCCGCUCGGCGAGGCGCUGCGCGCUUGUCUGCGCACGCACCUCGGCUUGGUGGCGCCCAGCGACGAGGCAGGCGACGUCGAGGCGCUGGCGGCGCAGCUGGGCGCGCUGCGCACGCAGCCGGCGGCGAGCACGAUGCCGGCUGCGCUGCUGCCCGCCCCCACCACCACCACCACCACGCCUCCUCCAACGCCGCCGCGCCGCAUCCUGCAUCUCGGCCUCGGCCGCGUCGCGGAUGCGCGCGUGCCGCAGGUGCAGCUGGCGCUGCUGCUCGUCGUGCGCGACCUGCUC